GUAGUAUAAAUAACUGGGAAAUCAGGAUUUGUAAGUUGGUCCUGAAGUUGUUGCAGUUGCAGCCAUGGCUUCCCAUGCAGCUCUAGUUUAUUCAAGAAUCCCAACCCGAACCAGGCUUCCCUCCAAGACCUCCACUCCUCAAUGCUUCUCCAAGAGGCUAGAAGUGGCUGAGUUCUCUGGUCUGCGUUCAAGUGGAUGUGUUACGUUUUCUAACAGGGAAGCUUCCUUCUCUGAUGUUGUGGCUGCCCAACUCACUCCCAAAGCUACAGGAGCCCCAGUUAAGGGGGUCACUGUUGCCAAAUUGAAGGUUGCAAUCAAUGGUUUUGGGCGCAUUGGUAGAAACUUCCUGCGCUGCUGGCACGGGCGCAAGGAUUCGCCAUUGGAAGUUAUUGUUGUCAAUGACAGUGCUGGUGUCAAGAAUGCGGCUCACUUGCUCAAGUAUGAUUCCAUGCUGGGAACUUUCAAGGCAGAUGUGAAGGUAGUGGACAAUGAGACCAUCUCUGUUGAUGGGAAGCCCAUUAAGGUUGUCUCCAACAGGGAUCCUCUCAAGCUUCCCUGGGCUGAUAUGGGUAUUGACAUUGUUAUUGAGGGAACAGGAGUGUUUGUGGAUGGUCCGGGUGCUGGAAAGCACAUACAAGCUGGUGCAAAGAAAGUUAUCAUCACUGCCCCAGCAAAAGGGGCUGAUAUUCCAACCUAUGUUGUUGGCGUAAACGAACAAGACUACUCCCACGAGGUCUCUAACAUCGUAAGCAAUGCUUCUUGCACCACAAACUGCUUGGCUCCCUUUGUAAAGGUCAUGGAUGAGGAAUUUGGUAUUGUCAAGGGAACAAUGACAACCACUCACUCUUACACCGGUGAUCAGAGGCUGUUGGAUGCAUCACACAGGGACUUGAGAAGGGCAAGAGCUGCAGCAUUGAACAUAGUCCCAACCAGCACUGGUGCUGCCAAAGCAGUGUCUCUGGUGCUACCCCAGCUGAAGGGCAAGCUCAACGGCAUUGCUCUCCGAGUGCCAACGCCUAACGUCUCCGUUGUAGACCUCGUGGUCAACGUCCAGAAGAAAGGACUCACCGCGGAAGAUGUCAAUGCAGCCUUCAGAAAGGCGUCCGAUGGCCCACUCAAAGGCGUGUUGGAUGUCUGUGAUGCCCCUCUUGUGUCUGUUGAUUUCAGAUGCAGCGAUGUUUCCUCAACCAUCGACUCUUCCUUGACCAUGGUCAUGGGAGACGACAUGGUCAAGGUCGUCGCCUGGUACGACAAUGAGUGGGGAUACAGCCAACGUGUGGUGGAUUUGGCACAUCUAGUAGCUAGCAAGUGGCCGGGGGUGGCAGUUGCAGGAAGCGGAGACCCUUUGGAGGACUACUGCAAGACAAACCCGGGAGACAAGGAAUGCAAAGUCUUUGAAGCUUGAUUCACCACCAAUUUUUUUGGUGAAAUCAAUGAUUUUAGGUGUUAUGUUUGAGGGAGAUAGUUAAUUAAGAUAAUACUGAAAUAUGUACACAUUUCGAAAGUCUAAUGUGCAGUUAUAUAUGUUCUGUUCUACCUUUCCUUCUCAAAGGGAGCAUUUUGAUUUUUGAGCUUA